AUCUCCCCCCCGCCCCCGGCCUCUGCAUCAGUCGGGUAUGGGACGGGACAUCCUGUUCUGACUCAAAAAGGAAGCCCCUUCUUUUGCCUUCCUGACUCACUUCCUCCUUUUGCUGGCCGUCUUGCAGCGUGACGUGGGCACUGGGGCCCAACAGACCUGGGCCUGCCCCUGACUCGGCGCCUCGGGAGCUGUCUGACCUGGGCUGGAGGGCUGGCCCCUCUGAGCCUCAGUUUCCCCAUCUGUAAGGUGACACGGUCGCCCCUGCCUCGGUGGUUGGUGGUAAUGGAUGCACCGCACCUGCCCAGCACCUGGCACCCAGCAGCCCCUGCAGGUGCCAUGACUCAGCAGCUGCAGGAGGGCUUCGCCAGGAGCACGGGGGACGCCCAGGAGUGGAUGAAGGCUGUGCAGGAGCGGCUGCAGAUCAAUGACAACACCCAGGGGCCCCGCGCAGCCCUGGAGGCCAGGCUGCGGGAGACCGAGAAAAUAUGCCAGCUAGAGCCAGAGGGCCGCAUGAAGGUGGACAUGGUGCUGCGGGCGGCCGAAGCCCUCCUGGCAUGCUGCCAUGAGGACCAGAAGCCCGAGAUCCUGGCCCGGCUGAGGGACGUCAAAGCCCAGUGGGAGGAGACGGUCACCUACAUGACCCACUGUCACAGCCGUAUCGAGUGGGUGUGGCUGCACUGGAGCGAGUACCUGCUGGCCCGGGAUGAGUUCUACCGCUGGUUCCAGAAGAUGACCGUGGUGCUCGAGCCCCCGGUGGAGCUGCAGCCGGGCCUGAAGGAGAAACGCUGGCAGCUGAGCCACGCCCAGGUGCUGCUUCACAACGUGGACAAUCAGGCCACGCUCCUGGACCGGCUGCUGGAGGAGGCGGCCUCCCUGUUCAACAGGAUCGGGGACCCCAGCGUGGACGAGGACGCGCAGGAGAAGAUGAAGGCCGAGUACGACGCAGUGAAGGCCAAAGCCCAGAACAGAGUGGACCUGCUGGAGCAGGUGACCCAGGAACACGAGCAUUUCCAGGUGAGCGUGGACGAGUUCCAGCUGUGGCUGAAGGCGGUGGUGGAGCGGGUGCACGGCUGCAUGGGGCGCAAGUGCCAGCUGAGCAUCAAGGACCGUCUCUCGGCACUGCAGGACAUCGCCAGUGACUUUCCCAGGGGUGAGGAGUCUUUGAAGAGGCUGGAGGAGCAGGCCGUGGGGGUCAUCCAGAACACCUCCCCUUUGGGUGCAGAGAAGAUCACCAGAGAACUGGAGGAGAUGCGGAACGUUCUGGAGAAGCUGCGUGCACUCUGGGAGGAGGAGGAGGGGCGGCUGCAGGGCCUGCUCAGGUCCAGGGGAGCCUAUGAGCAGCAGAGAGGGCAGCUGGAGGCUGAGCUGGCAGAGUUCAGGAAGGGCCUUCAGAGGUUGGCGGAGGACGGCCUGGAGCCCGCGGCCAAAGCAGGGACCCAGGACGAGCUGGUGGCCCGCUGGAGACUCUACUCGGCCACGCGGGCGGCGCUGGCCGCGGAGGAGCCUCGGGUGCACCGGCUGCAGGCCCGGCUGAAGGAGCUCGUCGUGUUCCCCCAGGACCCGCAGCCCCUCGCGGACGGUGUGCUCGCCGCCAUCCAGGAGCACCAGAGCAUGAAGACCAAGAGCAUCAGGCUGCGCAACGCCGCGGGCACGGACCUGUGGCAGCAUUUCCAGCGGCCUCUGCAGGAACUGCAGCUGUGGAGGGCUCUGGCCCAGAAGCUCCUGGAUGUCACCGCCAGCCUGCCAGACCUGCCCUCCAUCCACACCUUCCUGCCGCAGAUUGAGGCGGCCCUGGCGGAAAGCUCCCACCUGAAGGAGCAGCUGACGAUGCUGCAGCUGAAGAAAGACCUGCUGGGCAGCAUCUUUGGCCAGGAGAGAGCCACGGCCCUGCUGGAGCAGGUGGCAACUUCCGUGAGGGACAGAGACUUACUGCACAACCGGCUUCUGCAGAGAAAGAGCAAACUGCAGAGCUCACUCGCUCAACACAAAGAUUUCGGAGCGGCUUUUGAUCCCCUGCAGAGAAGGCUCUCAGACCUCCAAAUCAGGGUCCACGCUGAGAAUGGGCUUCAGCGGGACCUUUCUGGGAAACAGGCCCAGCUUUCAAGGUUGCAGGGGCUACAGGAGGAGGGGCUGGACCUGGGGAUGCAGGUGGAGGCCAUGAGGCCUCUCGUCCAGGGGAACUCCCACCACCAGCAUAGAAUGGACCAGCUCUCCUCUGACCACCAGACCCUGCACAGGUCUCUGGAGGACCUUGUGGACACGUGCCAGCAGAGCGUGCGGGAACAUUGCACCUUCAGCCACGAGCUUCUGGAGCUGCGACAGUGGAUCUCCGUGCUCACGCAGAAGCUGGAGGCCCACCGCGGGGACAUGGGCCCGUGGGAUGCCCGGUCCCGAGAGGUCGACGUCGAGAAGCUGCUGGAUGAAUUCCCGGGGAAGGAGGCCCAGCUGCCCCUGAUUGAAGCGCGCGGCCGGCUGGUGAUGGAGAAGUCUUCUCCGGAGGGCGCUGCUGUGGUCCAGAAGGAGCUGCAGGAGCUGGUGGAGGCUUGGGGAGCCCUGAGGCUGCUGGGGGGAAGCCUGCUGAGUCCGCAUCCCAUCACCGCGUUGACUGGGCUGAUAUGUCUUCUCAGCCUCAUCAGAAACCGGCAGCUGCAGAGGACGGAAGUGGAUUCGGGGAAGAAAAUGAUUUUCACCAACAACAUCCCAAAGACCGGGUUUCUCAUCACCCCCACGGAUCUUAUUUCCCGACACCACCGUCAGACAAAUGUGCUUCAGGAGGAGGAAGGCAGCUGUGAAGAUUUCUCCCAGCUCCUGAGGAACUUUGAGCACUGGUUGCAGGUGGAUAAUUCCAAGUUGGUUAGUGUCAUCUCCAUGAGAACUGCCACCGCCAAGGACCUGAGGACCAGAGAAACAAAACUGCAGGAGCUGGAGGCUCGGGUACCAGAAGGUCAGCAUCUCUUUGAAAACCUCCUCCGUCUCAGGCCAGCAAGGGGGUCCUCAGAUACGCUGGAGGACCUGCGCUACCGUUGGAUGCUCUACAAGUCCAAACUGAAGGACUCCAGCCGCCUGCUUACGCAGAGUUCUCCAGGGGAGCCGACUGGAUUCCAAAAGCUUCCUGAGCACCAACCUCGAAGAGCUUUAACGUGCCUUUCGAGAAGGGUGUCGCAGCGGGACCUUCGUGUGUUUAUUUUUCCUCUGUCCCCCAGAGGGAGAGAGAUGAAACCAGUGAUGUUCAAAGAUGCUGAAAACCCAGGAAAUGAUCAUUUAACAGCUUGUGGAUAAAUAUAUCUUGGUUUCUGUCCAUUUUUUUCUGCUCUCAACCACUGUUUCUUAAAACAUUUAUGAUCUAAAUAUAUGUGAACGUGCAAUUACUAGCUCUACAUUCUCUUUUCAUUUAUGUUUGAUUUUGUAGGACUCCACUGAGGAAGUGUCAGCUUUUAUUCUUUUCAUUUGCUUAUUUAUAUGCAUUCACGUUGUCUUUUAGAAAAUGUUUAAGGCAAGAUUUGAAUGUAUACAUGGUCAGCACAAUAAUUGUGAGGGUCGAAAUAACCUGCUUAUUGAUGUACACAGUCUAUUUUUAACCAAUAAAUGGAUUGGCUAGUUUUGAAAGUUGCACCCAGAAUCAAGAAAGAGAGAGAGAGGGAGGGAGGGAGGGAGAGAGCUAGGAAGGGAAAGAGGAAGGAAGGAAGGAAGGAAAGGAGAAAGGAAGAAAGAAAGGAAGGAAGGGAGAAAGAAAUUAGUGAUGCUCAUAGAAUUUGUUGAGCACCUAAGGUACCAGAAGCAGGAAAAAUGGCAAGUUUCCAGUACCAGCUUCGGAGCAGUGACCACUUUCCCCUCCAUUUCAAGUCCAAAAGACCAGCCCGCCCCCAAAGCAGGUGAGCCUGGUGGAUUGGUUAGUUUCUCUCGUCACCCGUCUAAAGGGAGGGCUCAGGAACCAGAAGGCACCCCACCUCGUCAGAACCCCCCCUGGAGGCAUCACUGCCUUCCUGCAGGCUGUCUACCGUCAGUCAGGUCCACAGAGGCCACAAGUCAGCCCAUCUUUGCUCUUGAAGACCUGGUGACACUAACCUAGUACUGACCAGCUAGCUCUUCAUGUUGGCUGGACUGGUCUGGUUAAUGCACGGUGAGCCAGGCGAGGGCGUGGUGGAGUGUGUGUGUGUGUGUGUGUGUGUGUGUGUGUGUGUGUGUGUGUGUUGAUGCUGUGUCUGUGGGCUUUGUUGUCAAAAGCAAAGUAAAUUUGUGUCAUUGUUUAAAAUGUUCUAUUAUGUAAACGGUAGACACAGGGACCAUAUCCACUCCCGUCAUAUUAUUUGUGAUUGUAAAACGCACAUUUGCGAUAAGUUAAGCGUUCUGGGAAGGCAAGCAGAGUGUGAGCCAAACGACGGUCUUGGAACGUGUGUGUAUUAUCUUGGUUCAUAUCAAGUCCAAAGCCGGCCGAGAGCCCU